AUGACUAACACAAACACGUCCUUCUCUCCCUUUGGAGAAAUUACAAAUCCUCUUCCACAGGCGUCCUGUGGCUCGUACCAUUUGUCUGUGAAAAUGGACCUUGCCUGUCCCCGCAACUACGAACCUGUCUGCGGGACCGACGGGGUGACCUACCCCAACGAGUGCUCCCUCUGCAGAGAACUCUUACGUAACCGAGCCAGAGCCAUCGACAAGAAGCACGAUGGAAGAUGUGUUAAGCUCGACUGUACUGGCUACCUGAGGUCAAGAAAUGGUCAGUUGACCCCCUGCACCAUGGAGUACAUGCCCAUCUGUGGCACCAACGGGGUCACCUACGCCAACAAGUGCAAGUUCUGCAGCGCUGUGGCGAAUGGACUGGAAGUAAACCUGCGUCAUCUUGGAGAGUGCUUCAAGGAGAUAGACUGCAGCAAACAUGAUGGCAACAAUCCCAUGUGCACCGCCGAGUAUGAUCCCCUUUGUGGCACCGAUGGCAAAACCUAUGGAAACAAGUGCCAGUUCUGCAACGCAGUUUUGAGGAACCGGGGAGCCCUGUCGCUCAAACACCAUGGUCAAUGCUGA